GUCGACUGAUCUAUAUCAAGCUCUGUGUUGGCCACUCUCCAGCCUCUUAUUACACCUCAUCACCCCGCAAUGAAGGCCUACUACUACGACGACGUCCCUGGCGACCAGCGUCUCGCCCACGACUCGGGAGAGGAGGUCUCUCUCAGCACCCUGUCCCACCUCGGCGUCUUUUACAGGUCAAUCCCUGUUGACGCCGCUGGCAAGUGGAAGGGCGACAUUGACGAGUUUGCCAAGGAGCGCUCGUACAAGAACCGCGACCAGAUCACCGUCACCCCCGAGGGCCUCGGCCCGGCGUACGAGGACAAGAUCCGCUCCUUCUUUGACGAGCAUCUUCACGAGGACGAGGAGAUCCGCUACAUCCUCGGCGGCUCGGGUUUCUUCGACGUUCGCGGUGGUGCUGGUGCGCUCGACAAGAAGUGGGUGCGCAUCGCUGUGGAGGAGGGCGACCUGAUCGUUAUUCCUGCUGGCAUUUACCACCGCUUCACCGUCGACGAGCGCAACACGAUCACCGCUCUGCGCCUCUUCCAGGACGAGCCCAAGUGGACGCCCUACUCGCGCUCCGACGACACCACUGAGGAGCGCCCUGCCAGGAAGGAGUACCUCGACGCCAUUACGGCGUAGACGACGACUGAGACGUAACGCCCUAGGUUUUAUUCAUGUAUAAAAGUGCGAAAUGG